AUGGAGGGCGUAAACAGACUCUGCUCGUGCAGGUUCGAGCCACUGGUCGAUGUGGCAGUGCCAGAGAAGGCCAUUGUGUGGACUGCGAACAACUACUACGACGGCUCAGGAUGGGUGGGACUGACGGACCGCGAGAAGCUUUCGUUGAAACCCACACUCUUUGCAGACCACCGUCUGCUUUUUCUAGAGCCUGUCGAAGGAGUUUGCGAGGUGUUCAGCGGUGUUCAGUCUGGCAAGUAUGACGUCAAGUGCUGGAGUAAGCACGGGUGUCACCUGGGCAUUGAGGGUGACAAGAACGUGUUUUUGUCGACGCCUAAUUUGCGCGAAGUUGCGGUGUAUUCUCAUCCGGAACGGUUGCCAGCUUUCCCAAAGGCGUGGAAGCCUCUGCUCUUUAUUGUGAACGAGUCCUUGAUAGCAUUUCGGCUGACGGAUCGGGUCUGCUUGGUGGUGACAAUAGAUGAAAGCCACACUGUGAAGGUGCAGUGCGUCGACUAUAACGCCGGUUUCGUGGUUUCUCACCCCUCCUCAAAUGCAGCACUUGCUUACGGCGCGAUGGUGGUGAAGGGGUUCGAGGCACUGCCCAACUGCGAGGCCAUACCGCGCGUGAACUGCGCAUCUGGAGAUUGGGGUUUCUUUGUGCAACUGUAUCAGUGGGGCACAUUUGUUAUCCCCAAGUCCAUAGACCUCACGCGGCCGACUUCGAUUCUCGGCCUCGGCCUGGGGAAGAAAGUAGACUGUCUGGGGGUGCUGAUGCAUCCUCCGAACAUCAUCAUCAUGGUGCAUUUGGAGUCACCCAAGGUGGUGCGGGCCUUGGAGUACGGACGCGACUAUCUGCUGACGGCUAUCAAGACUAGCGAGACAGACAUAGACAUCUACCUCAUCAUGGAUGGCCAGAUGACCCGCUUCAACUACUCCUUUGACUUGCGAAUCAACAGACCCGGCAAACCCAAACACCACGAGAACGUUGGCUUCAAGUGCGCACUUGAACUCGAUGACAAGAAGAAAUGCAACCGCUUCAUCUUCCAGAACACAAAAUGUUCCACAGUCGUCGUUCCCCAAGGCUGCCCCACUGGAGAGGGAGACCACCUCGUCAGCAGCAGCCUCAUCGCUGUGUUUGAUGCAGAGAUAUGCAUGUACCUCACGCACCCUCCGGCCCUGAAGCUUUGCUCAGCUUUCAACACGGUUGCGCUGCCCGUCGACUGA